UUAUGACUUCACAAUCCACCAUCACCCAGCAACCUGGGCAGCUGUCAGUCAAUAAUACGAGAGGAGGGAGAGUUUAAAAAGAGCGCUUGGGAUUUCCGAGGGUCCAGAACCAGAACCACAGCUCUGAAGAGACACUCUGUAAGCGGAAAACAGAGGUUUGAGAUGAGACUGUGUGAGUUGAAGUGUUAUUUGGCCCUGUUGGGUCUGUCUCUUGUGCUGUGUGGUCGCAGUGCGGACUCCCAUCUAGAACAGGACCUGGACUUCCGCCAUCGCAGACUUCUGCAGAGAGCAAAAGCGAUUGGACAGGCUACACAGGACUGGACCAAGAAAGACGUCGAAGAACUCCUUUCCCUGCUCUCCAUGCCUGAAAUGGAGAUGCAUGAGAAUGAUAUUUCAACGGUGGACGAAAACGAGGGCCUGCGUGUGGAGCUAGAACGUUCGGCAGAGAGCUCGAACCACAUUCCCGCUCGGGAACGUAAAGCGGGAUGCAAAAACUUCUACUGGAAGGGCUUCACUUCCUGCUGAGCCCCUCACUUGAAGUUGCCAAUUUACUUCUCAAAUCUCUUGAUAAUAACCGCUGUGGUCA